UAAAUGAAUAUAGAAUACCUGAAUAUAGAAAUUUGUAAAAUAAAGUUUAAAAAAUAUAUAUGUAAAACUCUACCAGUAUUUUGGUGGUUCGACAGUUUAGUUGGCCAUGCAUUUAAUGCCAGAUUAGCUUUCAAGAUUUGGUGCCUGCUGACUUUUUCGUCAUUACAUCUUCAACUUCCGUUCAGUUCGGAUCCCCAAAAAUAGUUGAAAAUAGGAAUUGUUUAAAAAAUGAACAAUCUGAGUCCCGUCUUCUACAACGCCGAGUCCGUGCGCCGCGUACUCAAUUGGCCGAUGGUCAACGAGGCCGUCGAGGCGGCGCUUAAGGCGGUUGUGGAUCAUACGAGUGAGCCGAACGCCAAUGCCGUAGUCGAGCACAUGGAUCAGGAUCAGGGCAAUGAGAUGCAGUCCAAUAACAGCACCAAGUCGUAUGUGAGUCAGCCGGCGCGCAGCGUCACCAUCGCCGGCAACGAUCCCAGCAAGCUAAUGCUGACCAUGCCCGCCUUUGUGGGCAACUAUCGACUGACGGCGGGCGGCGCUGGCGGCGAUGCCACCAAUGUGGCCCGCUCGACGCUGGCCUGCAAGGUUGUCACAUCUUUCAGGGCCAACCGGCAACUACAGCCGCCGUUGCCGAGCAUCUGCGCCAACAUAAUGCUCUUCAAUGUCAAGACGGGCGAACUGGAGGCCAUUAUGGCAGGCACGGACAUCACCACAUGGCGCACUGUAUCCGCCUCGCUGGUGGCCACAAAAUAUUUAUACUUCCGUCGCUUUGGGCCGCGAGCGGAGCAUCAGCUUGAGAUCAACGUGGCUAUCGUGGGCUGCGGCGCCCAGGGGCAACUGCAUGCCGCCGCCAUGUGCGCCAACUUCAAGGUGAAGCAGCUGAAUCUAUACAAUCGCACCGAGUCCCAAGCCGUCCAGUUGGCCAGCCAGCUGCGCCAGCGGCUGUCCAGCGACAGCAGCAACAGCUAUGCCACAGACAUGCCCGACAUCAAGGUCUGCAGCUCGGCUCGCGAGGCCGUUGCCCAGGCGGACGUCAUCUGCAUGGCCACAUACGCGCGUGAGGCGCUCGUCCAUGCCAACGAUCUGCGCGAAAAGCGCUCCGUUCACAUCAACGCUGUGGGCGCUGGCGAGGUACACUUCGGCGAGGUGUCCGCGGAUAUCUAUGCCGAAUCGCUGGUCUACGUCGACUGUAUGUCCAAUGCUGAGCACGAGCUGGUCGGGCUGCCCGCGCCGAUAGCUGGCGAGUUGGGCGGAGUUAUAAUCCAUGGCAACUAUCCGGAUGAGCAGGCCGUGACCAUAUUUCAGUCGAUGGGAAUGGCCUCUGAGGACGCUUGUGUGGCCGAAGCCGUGCAGUCGGCGCUCCUGUCAUGCGCCAAGUAAUGCUCCACUCCGAUUCGGGUUGCUAAAAGAGCUCAUUCCACUUGGAUGGGAUUGUGCCGGGAUAUCAUCCAAGCACUUACGGACAGCAAAAUGCAUAAGAAAAACGUAGGGGUAGCCCCUCAAAAUAAUUAGCCAUUAGAAAUCAACAAUAAGCGCUGAAAGCAAACAUAAAUAAACGAAUUAAAGCUGGACAAAAAAUCGAUCAAUAUCAAA